GCAGGUCCAGGGCGCAGGAGGAGGGGCUGUCUUGGGCCGUCCAGCACGCGUUUUUCUCGUUGGGUGCCGCGCGUAGCCCCGCCCAUCGCGCCGGCGCGAGAUACAAACGGCUCUUGGCGCGCGCUGAAGGUCUGUGUGAGGACGUGGUCCGGCCCGGCCUAGGAGGCCCUGGGCGACCAUGAGGAGAAGAGGCCCCGCCGAGGCCGAGGCCUGCGGCGUGUGGCUGGAUGCGGCGGCUCUGAAGAAGCGGAAAGUGCAGACUCGAUUAUCCAAUCCCAUCACCAGAAUGCUGCCUCCAGCUCGAGGUGAGAGAGAAGCUAUUGUUGGUUUUACUCAAAGAAGAGCUCAGCCUGUGGGUACCAAGCAGACUCUCAUUGCAUCAUUUUUUGCUUCAAAGUCAGGAAAGGCAAAUGAUGGUGGGCAGGGAAGGCCUGCACCUGGUACAGCAAGUCAGAGAAAGAAGAAACAGAAAAGAGAUGUGAUGUUGUUGGAUCCUCUGUUGGGCCCCAGGGAUGAGUGUGCCCAGUGUCCUGAAACUGCAGCUGCUAAAGUCACUAAGGAACCUCAGGAGCUUAUCUGCUCUACUCCAUCACCCAAAAAGGUAUCUGACUGUUGCAGAGAGGCAAGACCAGCUGUGCUCAGUAGCCAAGACCAGAAACUGCCUCUGCCCCAGGUGGACAUUGCAGGCUCUGCUGAGGUGGGUUUUGCCUUCACCCAGCACUCCAAAGGCCUUGGUGUGCUAGCCCAGGGAAGGGAGGGUGGGAAAAUACAUCAUAAACAAGGGCAAGAGACCAAGGGCCUAGUGGACAGGGCAGAAUUGGAGAAGGUGUUAUUUUCCAAAGAAAAUGAACAGUUCUCUGUCCUUCCCCAAAGUCACCAAGGAGGCAAAGCAGGGAAGGGAGAAAACAGGGAGCAGCCCUGGAGGGGAGGGGACACAGAGUUAGUAGAACAAAGACCCUGCUCCAGUCAGGCCUUUUCUUGGGAUGGUAAGAGGUAUGACCCAGACUUGAAAAGCCGAUUGUUCACAGAAGAUUCCCAGGGCCAGAGGGUCAUUGCUCACCCUCCUCGAGCUGCUCUGCAAGAUAUAGCCAACUUUCCAAGAAAGCCCCUGCAUGCAUCCCUCAGUUCUCAGGUUCAGUGCCAGGGCAGGUCUGUCCUGGGCACCUCUCAGUUAAAUUCCCAACCUGAUAUGCUCUUUACCCAGGACUCUCAAGGUAACAGAGUUAUCAAGCACUGCUUUUGAACUUUGUUUUGGUGACAGGGCAUUACACCCUUAAGUAUCCAGAUGAUAGAAAAACACCCUGAUAGCCUUGUGUUGUGUAGUCAUUUGGGGUGGGGGUGGGGGGGUGGUAGUCUCAAUAUAGGCCCUAGUUCUGGAUUUGAGGGAAUGCAGGCAGUGCCAAAUGAAGGCAGUGUUUAGCUUCAUUUUAUGAGCUUCUUCAUCGUGAAUGUAAAUAAAACAGGCACUUUCACUUGUUGAGGGAGUGGUUUUGGAAGAGACAGGUUGGCAGACACCCUGAGAGAAUUAUUGGUCUCUUAGCUCUUUGACGAGAACUACCACAUUGAUUUGAAUAUAGACUGAAUCUUCUCCUAAAUCUAGCUAAUAUUAAAACUGAAUGUGGCCUGUCAUUGGUGUUAUUUUUCAGUGUAUGCCUAUAUGCCAUUUCCUUUCAAAGAGAUCUGUGGAGUGACCAUGGCAGUUAAAGAAAACACUUUUGUGUGCAGGCUGUUCUUACUGUAAAGAAAACCUGCCAGGUUUGAUUGACUUGGACCUUUCAAGUGCUUCUGGCUUGGUUACAAUUUGAUUUCUCCUGGCUGUAAUUCCAUCAGUAUGUCCCUCAUCCAUACAGCAGAAGCCCUGCUUGCUUGCUAGAACUUUGUGUUAAUUUUAACCUGGGGUGAGAACUGGUUUUUAGAGCUUUGAGGAUCAGUUGAAACUCAGGUGGAAAGUGUGGUCCAUGAUUCUCCCUUAUAAUCUGUUUUUGAUAAGCCAGUUUCUGGGAUUAGAGACAUACAAGAUAGUGACCAUAUGUUGAACCCAAACCAACUCCAGCCCUUUGAAACCCUGGGGACUGUGGCAGCCCCGUAGGAAGUGCUGGGUUUCAGAAAGGUGCACAUACCCAACAGCUUUGUGAGGCAAAUUAUUAGGGCACGUGUUGAGAGGAGGUUGAAAUAGAGGUGAAGUGAUUUAUCCAAUAGUCAUACAGUUUGCAGCUCUGACAACUAUAAUCUGAAUCUCUUAGCCCCACUACUUAAUGACACGAGAUUUGUGGAGUGGGAAUGUGGUUCAGGUCCCAAGUACAAAGUCUCUAGAAGAGUAGUAUGUUUCAGACUUGUAUGACAUAGAACUGUAAUCUCUCCUUUGUUCCAACUCUGUGCUGAUCUGUAAAUGUAGCUUGCACAAAGACAAAAAAACUUUAAAUACAAAGAUCAGAAGAAGAAAGCAAAUUAUUUUGGAAAGUUCAUUUUUUAAAAAUGUACAGUUACAGUUUUAUGGUUUGCUUUGCUAUUCAAUUCCAUAUUGUUAAAUCUGUAAUAAAAUUUUUAAAAAAAGUGGAUUGAAUCAAAUGGUCUCUGGGGCUCUAUCAGCUCAGUCUAACAUUCUGUGAGUCUAAAUGGCCCCUCCCCCACCUUUCCUGGGCUCUAACCUGCUGUUAUUUCUUUAGAUACUAUAUAACAAGCUCUAGUAGGGUUUUUCAAGUACAGGUAGAAAUCAUUAGGGGGUGGCUGUGAGGUGGGGUCUGAAUUGUAAUGAUGGAGGUUGGCAGGCUUUUUCAACCUUUGAUGAUGUGGUUCUACCUUAAAAAGUUAUUACGUACGCACCUCUCAAAGAGUGGACACAAAGUUAAGUAUGGGUAAAAAUAACAUUGAAUUGGAAGCCCAUCUUAUUUUGAUAGAUGUGAGUAUUCCCUUCACCAGUGCAGACUGCAAUCCAUCUAAGCAAUGCUGUUUUGUGGCCUUUCUCUGGUUCCUCCCACAUUUUGGAGGAACUUGAGGUCCAGAAAAGUUAAUUUACUACAUUAGAUAUAGACACCACCAGUUCAGAGCUCUUUAACAUUGGCUGCUUGUAAUAUUCCCUUGCCAAAAGAGGGUUAGUUUAGUUCUUGCUCUCCCGUGGAAGAGAAGAAAAAUUUUUCUAAGACCUACGUGCCAGGCACUGUGCUAAGUGCUUAUUAUCUCAUUUAAUCCUCACAACUGCAGAAGAGAAGUGAAGUAACUUACCUUGGGACAAACAGCUAGCAUUUGAGGAGCUUAACUCAGUGCCUAGUAAGUGCUCAUUUACUGACUGAGGCUGGAUAUAUGAAUGCAGGUCUUCUUGACUCUUGGCCCAGCUCUGUACCCACUGCCCAACAAGCUGACUGUGGGACUACGCUUAAGUCAGAUACACCAUUCAAUUUCAGGUUGGAGGGAGAGAGGUAGGAAGAUGGUGUAUUUAGAACUUCCUGCUCUGUUCUGGAUGGGAGGGAAAUAUGGAUGGGAUAAUAGAAGUCUGAGGUCUGCCUGGUCAAGAAUAGACUUAAAAAGGGACUUUAGAUUGCUUAAUCCUGCCAACUGAGUUUGCCCCCAGCUCAGUGUUUUGUUUUUUCCUUUCUCUACAAUUCAGUUUAUGCUAUGUGGAAAGGACCUGGAAGGUAUGGACUUGGUAGGGAUGAUUCCUUAUCACUGGGGAAAUAGCAUGACCGAAGCUGUAGAAGUGACCUGGAUGAACAUCUCAAAGUACAGACAUACAUAGCAACCACGGUAACCACUCAAAAACUUUCUUUAAUACCAGGUAGUGCUUCACCCCAAACAUCACACACGUGCACACACCUUUACUAAAGAGGUCCCAAGGAAGGCUGGGUCAUGCAUUUAAGUGUGGUGGGUGAGGACUUUGGCAUGACCUAACAGGGGUUCAGGUAUGAGAAAAAGUAGCCCCAAAUGAAGCACAGUCCCCUCCCAUCUUCCUCGAUGAGAUCCCUCAAUGGCAGUGGAACAAGACAUCAAUGCCAUGGCAAUGGGGAGGCCAUAAGGAUCUUGGGGAGGUAUGGAAAGAUUUGGUUUCUUUACAAUAUUACAAAAUGUGUUUUAA